AAGAAGCACCAAUGCCCGUACUGCCCGAAGCGAUUCAACCGGCCCAGCAGUCUCGCUACCCACAUCAACAUACAUACGGGUGCUCGACCGUACGAAUGCCCCAAAUGCGGCCGGUUGUUCAGUGUCAACUCCAACAUGCGUCGUCACUACCGUAACCAC